CGGGUAUAUAGUGUCCAAGGCCCAGGAGCGGUAUAGCAAGUGGGCGUUGUGCUGCAGAAGGCUGAACCAAGAUGGGCGUGAGUGUUCGGGUGGGUAAGGGCCCAGCACCACCAGGAUGAAGUAUGUGUACAGCAACAGACCCUCCAAGGUGAUACACGUACAGGAGAGCCUGGCUGAGGUGUUUCGCUGCUUCAUCUGCAUGGAGAAGCUUCAGGAUGCCCACCUGUGCCCACACUGCUCCAAGUUGUGCUGUUACCUCUGUAUUCGACGCUGGCUGACGGAACAGCGGCCCCAGUGUCCGCACUGCCGGGCCAACCUGCACCUACACGAGCUGGUCAACUGCCGCUGGGUGGAGGAAGUCACCCAGCAGUUAGACACACUACAGCAGGCGGGGGUCAGACCUCCACCUCCUGACACAGAUAAAGACAAAUGUGAACGCCACCAGGAAAAAUUAAGCGUGUAUUGCUGGACGUGUGGGAAAUGCAUCUGUCACCAGUGUGCGCUGUGGGGUGGCACGCACUCAGGCCACACCUUCAAGCCCUUGGAGGAGGUGUAUGAACAACACAUAACACAAAUCAGAGAGGAAGUGCUCCAGCUAAGACGGAGACUGCACGAGCUGGUCUCUCUGGUGCAGGAAGUGGAGAGAAACGUGGAGUCUGUUCGAGCCGCAAAGGACGAGAGAGUACGGGAAAUUCGCAAUGCUGUAGAAUUGAUGAUCGCUCGACUUGACUCCCAGCUCAAGUCGAAGUUGCUCACACUAAUGGGUCAAAAAAACUCCUUAACGCAGGAAACGGAGCAGCUGGAAUCUCUGUUGCAGGAGAUUGAACAUCAGCUGCACACCUGUUCCAAAUCUGAAUUGAUCCAGCGCUCUCCAGACCUCCAUUCCAUGAUCGCCCCGGUAAAUAAAAAACCUAUGGCCUCCUUCGUCACCGCCCCCGUACCUGCAGACUUCCAAAGUGAAAUAGUACCACAGUAUGACAGCAGUACCUUCGUCAUGAACAAUUUCUCCCAGCUGCAACACAAGGCCGACCCCGUGUACUCCCCUCCCCUCCACGUCAACGGCCUCUCCUGGAGACUAAAGGUUUAUCCCGACGGUAAUGGUGUCGUCAGGGGUAACUAUCUGUCGGUAUUCCUGGAACUUAGUGCUGGUCUGCCUGAAACUUCGAAAUACGAGUACAGAGUGGAAAUGAUUCACCAGGGAUCAAGAGACGCCAGUAAAAAUAUCGUUCGAGAGUUUGCCUCGGACUUUGAAGUAGGAGAGUGUUGGGGCUACAAUAGAUUCUUUCGUCUCGACCUCCUCGCCAACGAAGGUUACCUCAACACAGAAACAGACACGCUAAUACUCCGGUUCCAGGUGAGGCCGCCAACGUUCUUCCAGAAGUGUCGGGACCAACUGUGGUAUAUUCACCAGCUUCAGACACUUCAAGCCCAGUAUAUCCAGCAAAUAAAUAACUUAAAGGAGAGAAUAGCGAUUGAGCUCUCCCGGAAUUCGGUGUCCAGCAGCAAGAACGUCAGCAACUCUGCCGGCUUUCCUCGUGUGGAGAGACCCCAGUCGUCCUCCCCUAAGCCAAAUCCUGUAAAUUCUCACCCACACCACCCUCAUCCUCUACCGCAGACUAAGCCUCAGCGGAACCACCACGUCAACAAAAGCGUCGAGCCGGUGGAACUAGAAGCGGAAAGACAGUCGACCAGUUCUUCGGAUACUGAAGAUCUAAGUGAAGGUGAGUUGAAUGACCAAGAAGAAGGACCUGACCACAGCAUUGCCACGGCCGAAUACGCCAGCAACGACGAAAACGACGUUGACGACGAGACAAUGAGCGGAGACAACGACGUGGAGCACUCGGCCGCCUCCUCCCUCCUGGCCAGCCUCCACGAAGCCUCCGCCCUACACGAGGGACCGCUCCUCAGCCACAGCGGAUCUCACAGCUCCAGCUUUCUGUCCGACUUGGACUCGCUCACGGAACAGUUAGGAGCCGUCGGAAGCAUUCAGCCAGAUCUAAGUUCUCCCCAAGGUGAUGAAAUGAUGCUGCUUCACCUAUUAGAGAUGCAGGGACGGGGAGCACCAGAUCACCGCAGACCCUGGAGUAAACCCGGCCUGGGGGGCAUAAGUUCAAGACACAAGUCAAAUCGGAUGGUUCGCAAGCCACUUCUUCCCAUUGCCUCGAGUGUGUUGGACACCUUACAGCUGGACAUGGCAACACUGCUGCAGUCUAACUUACCGUCACACAAUGGCAUAUCGUCACUGCAGGCACACACUGGUAUCCCUGACCACGACCGUCCUGUUAGUCACCUACAACAUCCACACCCUUUAAAUAGUUCCAGUCCUCCUUUAAAGACUCAGCAACCUUGUGGAGCUGAGCUUAUGUCAUCAUGGCUUAUCCGACCCUCGUCCGUGCGACCAUCGUUAGACUCCACCUUGUAUACGGCCUACAGUCCUAAAGUGUUACACCAAGUUAGCUGUAAUGGGAGAUUUGCAGGAGACUUUUGUGAUUUCGCAGGUGGGUACCGGCCGCCACUAGCCCCACGGCCUUCACUCUAUGGUCACCACUUGACGGAUGAUGCCAAGAAAGAGGCGCAUUCUGCCGCCAAUGUUGCCGAUAAGGAUUUGAGUGAGUCAUCUAUGUGUGACCUGUCAUUGGAUCCUGUGUCACUGUCUGAUAUGACUCUCGAGGAGGGACCCUUGUCUGGAGCCGAAGAACCAGAGUCGCUGGGGGCGUCGGCUGCAACGACCGCCACUUCGUCGUCCGCUGGAGGAGCUGCGUCAGCGGGAGGACAAAUAGCCGGAGAAGGGGAGAGUGGCGUCAGCAGCGACAACACCAGCGGCUAUGUCAGCGACGGCGGAACAGAGUACUGCUGUUUGCUGUGGGGAAGAUGGCACAAGGAGACCCUCACUAAAUUGGUGAACCCUCAUAUGGUUUAUCUUCAGAUAAAUCACUCAAAAUGGCAGAAACCAAAGGAAGUGAAAAGGCGGGUUGGGCCGCAGCAGCCGCAGGUCUCCCGUUUACCCUUGGCUUUAAAAUGCCCGCAGAGAAGCACACCCAAGAUAAAGCUCAGGACAAAAACAGGGACAAAGACGAUAAGAGACCCACUAAAGACGACAAGUGACAGAAAACUCGACGUUAACCUCAAAACAACAAGUGAUCCCGAGGGUUUCAGAUCCAAAUAGUUACCUUGUUUAUAUAAAGCUUGUAAAGAUAGAAAAUUAAGUGAAGUAAAAAUUCUCGCUGGCCUGCAUGGAAUAAUAGAUUAAGUCCAGAAAUUAUCUGUCUCUCAGCUUAGGUAUGACUUAGUGAUGAGGCACGACAGGUGAAGUAAUACAGUAAUCUCAUAAUUAUAAAGUGGUCAUAAUAAAUGGCAUAGCUUUAGAGAAGUAAUCUUAAGCUAUGAAAGUGGGGUUAAAAAUUUGAACUGAAAAAAUAUAUAUGGUGUAGGUUUAGACACAAAGGCUCACUGUCUAAUGAAGGUAAAUAUAAUUUGUAUAUUCUGUAAAUUAUUAUUUUUUAUUUAUUUUUGAAGUUGGUAGUUUAUUAAUUUCAUUGUUUGACAGUCUGAGCAAUUUACAGAAAAAUAAAGUUGUUUUUUAAUGUAAAUCAGUUUUAAAAUGAAACACAUGUUUGAGUUACUGACUUACUGAAAGUUAUUUCUCUUGCAGUUUGUGUUCCUCUAAUACAAAGAAACUAAUGGUGAAGUGAGUUAGUAUAUAAUGAUUUAUAUUUCCUCUGUUGUAAGUGAUAUAAUUAUAACCACAAAUUCAAGUGUCGUCUUUAUUUCAGGCUGGAAUAGAAUGUUGUUUAAAGACCGUUGAUAUUAUAAUGGUUUAUGUGUUGUGUCCUCGGUAAAAUAGAUUCCUGCUGAUGUGUCUGUCCUUCUCUGUGGUUUUUAUGUUGUUGUUAUGAAGACACUUAACACAUUCACCUAUAUUUACAAAGGAAGAAGAGGAGAAUCAGGAUAUCACGUUGGGAGUCAUUACUAUUUAUUAUCAGCUUUCCUCACUCCCCCGCCUUUGCUGUCAUCAAGAACCUACAAAAUUUACAUCACAUAUUAUUCCCAAUUCACCCUUCCAUUGUGAUCUCCAGGAGGUUAUACUAAGCAGAACUAUUUGACAUUUUUGGGCAGUUGUUGUUAUACAGGUAAGUAUAUAAUGAAUUCACACCAUCUUGCAAGUGCGUGUGUUUGUGUGUUCGCCUGCCUGCAUGCAUGCGGGCAUGUGUGCGUGCUCGGCCUCACUCUCUCACCACUUCAGGGCAGCCAAUCAUCCAUCAGUCAGAACAAUAACAGACUACUUCUAUGGAUUUACAAUUGUUAUAAUAAUGUUCCCUGAUAGCAACAUCCUGUUAAGAAGACGUGUAAAAUACUUGUGAAUAGUGUAUUGUUGUAGUUAAUGUGUGGGGGCAGUACAGCUAGAGUCUUCAGAUAAAUGCAUUUCAGUAGGAUGUAAAAAUGAAUUCAGUUUAUUUAUACUGUAACUAGGAAUUGAUCUGAUUUGAAUUUAUGGUAAACUUAAUUUCUUCUCAUGUGGAGAAAAGUUAAACUGUUGAAUUCAAUUAGUAACAGUAGAAUCACAAGUUAUAUACAGUACGUACAUUAUUGAUGGUGCUUAAACCUGAAGUUAGUAAGCUGUCCCCAUAUCUUAGUAGAGGCAGUCCUCAAGUUAUGAACGCCCGCACUUAUGACUGGGAUCCCAAUAUAUUCAUCACAAAAAUCUGAAACUAAAAUACCAUUUUUUACAUUACUGCAUAUUGUUUAACAUAACUUCAUAUACAUUAUUUAUAAUGUACGGGAUACUAUUGUUGUUUUGUGUAGUCGGGGCUGUGACUUAACGUAACCUAAACUAUGGAGUAAACGUCUUUAUGACCUACGAAUGGGGUCCAGGAACGUAACCCGUUCAUAACUAGGGGACUGUCUGUAUUCUUUAUAAAGAAAUUUAAGUUAAUUGAGAAGAAAAUAGUUAUGGUAAACAAAUUUCAUUGUGUUGGUUUAUGUAAAUGAAAAAGGCAUACACUAUUCGCAAUGAAGCAUUUGAUAUACUAUAUGGCAUUACCGAUGUACCAUUUCUUCUGAGGAUUCAGUCAUAAAAUGUAAUCAGUCAUUUCUGUUUUUGAAAGAUUGUUAAACAAUGUACACUGCUCACUUAAAAAAAAAAUCUUGAUAGCUGUUACAAAGAUCUACCGUACACAGAAUAUUUGAAUCCAUAUCAAUCAUCAAAUAAUUGUCAGUUCCAGAACUAACUUUUACUUUUUUAUAAAAGCCUUUAUUUUUUGUGUGAAUGUACAAAUGCUUUUCUUACGUUCCCUAGAUGUUGCUUUAUUAAUUUGAUGUCUUUUGUACCAGAAGAAUAUUAUUUAUUUUAGACAUCUUAGAAUAAAAUUUUUAUAGCAUGUUAA